AUGGUCACCAGAGAUUUCACAAUAGCAAUGGUCUUCUUAUCAGAGACUAUAGUCGGAAUCCUGGGGAAUGUCUCUCUUCUUUACCAUCAUCUCUUCCUUCACUUCACUGGAUACAGGGUACGGUUCACAGAUUUGAUUGUGGAACAUCUGCUGGUAGCGAACACCUUGGUCCUGCUCUCUUCAGGAAUCCCAAUUACAGUGGUAGCAUUUGGGUGGAAACAUUUUCUCAAUAAUAUUGGAUGCCAACUUGUUUACUAUACUCACAGAGUGGCCAGGGGUGUGUCCAUUGGCAACACCUGCCUUUUGAGUGUCUUCCAGGCCAUCACUAUCAGCCCCAGGAACUCCAGGUGGGCAGACCUCAAAGUGAAAGCUCCAAAGUACAUUGGGUCAUCUAUUUUCCUCUGCUGGAUCCUACAACUGCUGACAAAUAUCCUUUUUACUUUUUAUGUGACUGGUAAUUGGAGCAACAUAAAGAUCACAAAGAAAAAAGAUUUGGGAUUAUGUUCUAUUGUAAUUUAUGACAGAAUCACAGCAUUACUAAAUGCAGGAUUGUUAUUACUCCCCGAUGUUGCAUGUUUGGGGCUCAUGGUCUGGACCAGUGGCUUUAUGCUUCUCCUCCUGCACAGGCACAAGCACCAGAUCCAACACAUUCAUAGGACCAAUAUCUCUCCUAGAUCCUCUGCCGAAUCCAGAGCCACCCAAAGCAUCCUUGUCUUGGUGAGCACUUUUGUGUCUUUGUGCACUCUCUCUUCCAUCUUUAACAUUUAUUUGGCUCUUUCUAGUCAUCCCAGCCGGUGGCUGGUGAUCUUCAUUGGACCAAUUACUCUGUGUUUCCCAACUGUAAGCCCCUACAUUCUCAUGAGCCAUGACCGCAGAGUAUCCAAAUUUUUCCUCUCCUGGAUAAGGAUUAGAUAA